AACAAUAGAACAAAAAAAAAUACAUUCACUGAAAAACAUAGAAAAAAAGAUAAAAGAUAGUCCUAAACGAAACGGUUUCAUUGAAUGUAACGUAAAGAAUAAGGAUGUAAUAUUCCCAAAUAUUUUCUUGACAUUCAUUGAUAUACUGUAUAUAAAUACGUAACAAAGUGUAAGCUUUUGUGAAAUAGAGAGAAGAUGUCAGGUCAACUAGAGCAUGAGUUGGAACUUCAUGUGCCAGCAAGUGAAGCAUGGGAACUCUUUGGCACACUUGGUAUUGGAAAACUAGUUGGAGAAGAGAUGCCUGAAUUGUUUCAGAAAGUAGAAAUAGUUGAAGGAGAUGGAGGAGUUGGAACUAUUCUCAAACUCACAUUCACCCCAGGUAUACCUGGUCCAGCUAGUUACAAUGAGAAGUUCACCAAGAUUGAUAAUGAAAAGCGUAUCAAAGAAGUAGAGGUAGUUGAAGGUGGAUACUUGGAUUUUGGAUUCACGUUAUUUAGAGUUCGUUUUGAAGUUAUAGAGAAAGGUGAAGAUUCGAGCAUAAUCAAGUCUACAAUAGAGUAUGAAGCUAAAGAAGAAGCUAAUGCUUCACUUGUUUCCAUCGAUCCAUUGGCUAACAUUGUACAAGUUGCUAAGAAUUAUCUGGGAAGAAACAAGGCUGCAAAAGAUGCAAAAUAGUAAGUAUCUGCUUCAAAGUAAUACGAGAGUGAGAGAAGGGAAAACUCAUUGCCUAUAGUUUAUGAAUAAAAGGAUGAGAGUUACUUUGUCUAAGGAUUUAUCCAUUUAAUGUGUGUUUCGGAUUUUGUCACUUUUUAAUGUAAAACUUGUAUGUUUUCAAUAGCUUUAGCUUUUGAAGGUGUAAAAUAAAAUUGGCAAGAUCUUUUACACCGUCAGAUCGGCUGAUACUAGGAUGUAAAAUGUUAGAUCCAAUUUUCUAUUUAUUUAAACCCCCAAUUAAAAAAAUAAAGAAGUAUAAAAUGCUAUUUUUAAAUUU